CAAGCCAGCCGGUUCCUCACGAGUACAACCCACUUUCCUCGAAAUAAUUUCGGAUUCUUGCAAUGGCUGACGACAAACCAGUUCUUCUCUAGACUCUUUGGCUAUUCAUUGCAUAUUUUCUUGAAUCAUCAGUUCUUUGAAGAGUAUAAUGGCAUUUGGGGAGAUCUUUCUUGCUGCGUUCCUUCGAGUGUUGAUCAGUGUCUCUGGAGUCGUUGAAAUUUGCACGACAAGAGGGACUUCAAUAGAGCUGGACAAGUGGAGCAAAACGUUGUCAAGAAUCCGGAAGGUGCUUGAUGAUGCAGAGGAGAAGCAACAUACUGAGGGGGCAUUGAAAGAGUGGCUAGAUGAUCUUAGAGACUUGGCCUAUGAUAUGGAGGAUAUACUCGAUGAGUUUGCGACGAAAGUUUUGCGACGCAAAUUGAUGGGUAAAAGUCCAACUAGCACUCUUAAGGUAAAGAAGCUUGCCUCUGCUUAUUUUACUUGUUUGACUCCAAGUGUUGUUAAGAUCAACAUUAGGCUGAGGUCAAACAUAACAAAAAUCACUGCUCGGUUUAAUGAUCUUAUGUCGCAAAAAGAUCAACUGAAAUUAAACGAAAGUGUUGACGUGAGGUCAAACAAAAGAAAAGAGACACAGCCUUCCAACUUCUGUGGUGACUGAGAUCACGUUUAUGAUAGGGAGAAAGAUGCAGAUUCCAUACUUCAAUUAUUGUUGAGUGAGAAAUUUGGUGAUGAUGCCUUAACUAAAGUUCGCGUGAUUCCUGUACUUGGGAUGGGGGGCAUAGGAAAGACAACACUUGCCAAGCUUAUAUACAAUGAUCAUAAAGUGUGAAGCUUUUUUGAUCUGAAAGCAUGGUCUUGUGUUUCUGAAGAUUUUGAUGUUGUUACGAUUACAAAAAUAAUUUUACAAUCUGUCACGUCUGAAAACUGUGAUGGGAGGGAUCUAAAUUGGUUGCAAGUCAAACUAAAGGAAAAAUUGCAUGGGAAGAGGUUUUUGGUCAUUCUAGAUGAUGUUUGGAAUGAGAACUACAACGAUUGGAUUAUCCUACGUGCUCCUUUCGAAAUAGGAGCUCCAGGAAGUAGCAUUGUGAUCACUACUCGCAAUCAAGGAGUCUCGUCACUAAUGGGAACUGUCAAAGUUCCAGCUUACCGCUUGAAAGUGCUGUCAAAUGAUGCUUGUUUGUCUAUAUUUGCCCAACAUACAUUGGAUGCAAGAGACUUCAGCGCACAUCCAAACCUUAAUAAUGUUGGCGAGGUCCCGAGGAAAUCGUUAGAAGGUGUAAAGGCUUGCCUUUGGCAGCAAAAACUGUUGGAGGCAUCUUACACACUACACAAUACCGUGAUGAAUGGAAAAAAAUAGUGAACAGUAAGAUAUGGGAUAUAACAGAGGAGAGAAGUGGAAUUGUUACAGCUCUUAUGUUAAGAUAUUACAAUCUCGCCUCACAUUUAAAAAGGUGCUUUGCAUAUUGUUCUAUGUUCCCUAAGGACUAUGAAUUUGAGGAGAAGCCGUUGGUUCUAUUAUGGAUGACAGAAGGUUUGACUCAGUCACAAAAAGAUGAAAAGGAAAUGGAAGAAUU